UGAACUGGUCAUAUACCAUACGACCAACAAUAAUGUUAAUAGGUGUGAACCUUCUCAUGAUCGAUCUGUUCUGCUUGGAAAUAUCGGUCAGUAGCUAGCUAGAAGUUUUGAUGUGUAAUGAUGUUUAAUGAUUCGAAGGCACGGCCAUUAUUAACCUGACCAGACGAUGGAUUAAUCUUUUUGAACAUGCCUCGCCAGGUGAUGCAGAAUGCAUGGAGAAUAUUAAUGUUUGUGCGUUCAUCGUACUUUGUUACAUUUUGAAAAAUGCUCGGAGAUCUAGAUGCAUUGUAGCUACGUCCGUUUUAUACCUUUACGAAAACUUUCUCAUUCUGUUUGCGAUUGUCCAUAGACCAUGUUAGAAAUAUUGUAAGAGCAUCUUUUUUUCUGAGCAUCUUUGUACAGACAAUGGGCCAUUUUUGUAUGGCUUCCUAGCCAAUAAAAAGUCAUGUUUAUGACGUUAUGAUAAUUUCUACACAUGCAAGCAGGCAUUCCAUUGCGUUCAUCAGCGUUCACAAGUGAUACAAAUUUUCGCCGCCCUAAGACCACAGCGACGUUAUAGCCCAAACAAACUUCGGAUAUAUUUUUUUAUUCUCUUGAAUUUUGAGGAGUAUUCGUUCUGUUAUAUUUCACAGGUAAGUUGUUUGACACAUUUUUAAAUUUUCAUCAUACUCAGACAGCUAUAGGAUCCCAAGUAACCGAGAUAUUAAAAGACUACAGCCAUGUGGUGUUUCCCUCUUGUAGUUGCCUGUAACAUUACCGUAAAACGUAUACAGUUAGUACUAAAUUCACAUAAGCUGAACUAAGCUUUCGGCCUGAUAUAAUCUACUUACAUCAUGCACUAGACGAAAUAUUUCAGGCUCAGAUAGUCUAGCUGGCUAUCAUGAUGUCGUAAGAUUUCAAAGGCGUAUAUUUGGGCAUCCAAGUUAAGCCUUUACUAUCCCAGGUUCAGUUAUUCAUUUCUCGUUUUCACAAAUUCAGUGAAUAAUAUCAGACGUGCACGAGCGUUAGAUGUUUAUCGUUUCGUUUUUAGCAAUUUUUUUGGCUCGUGUAACAACAACUGUGUUCACUCUGGUGUGUCAAUCUCUAAUUUAUGCUGGUUAAUUUCAUUUAUAGUUUUGAAGCGUUUGAAAGAUGAUGAACAAAAUCUUUCUCGCUCUGGGAGUUUUUGCUGCCAUUGUGGCUUCGGGGAGUGCUUUGAAGUGCAAUCGAUGCUCAUACGAUCCAAAAGUCACCCCUCAUGCGGACAACCUGUGCAGUCCUAAUGCUACAGUUGACUGCCCUGGUGGACAAUAUUGUUUCACUGUUACCUACACUCACGAGGAUGGAGAAGUGGGUUUCUUACGCAACUGUGGAGGCACUCUCGUUGAUAACUGUCCAAACAUCACCAAAGGAUGUGCAACGUACAGCGCUCUUCAUAACCUAGCGACCUGCAUCGGGAAGUGUUGCCAAGGUGAUAACUGUAACAAUUACAGUCCUGGUAAUGUAACAGUUCCUCCCAGGCCUACCAGCAAUGGUACAGAAGCGGGAAAGUCAAACGGUUCUCUAAUAUGCAACAGAUGCUCGUACGAUCCAAAGGCCGGUCCACAUGCGGAUCAAAAGUGCAGAUCAAAUGCCACAGUGAGCUGCCCAGCCGGGAAAUAUUGCUACACAACAAGGUACACCCAUAAGGAUGGGAAUGUGGGUUUCUUGAGAGAUUGCGGUGGUGGUGCUGUUGACAGGUGUCCAAAUAUCACGAAAGGAUGCGAAGCGUAUAGCAAACUUCACGACUUAGCGACCUGCGUGGGAGAGUGUUGCGAAGGUGAUAACUGCAACAAUUACACUCCUGUCGAUCCAACCCCAUCCACGCAAGCGGUCACGCGCAGUAGAGCAUGCGCUGUGGUCGCAAAGAUCAGUAUCCUAGUGAUGGUGAUUGUUAAAAUAAUUUUUGCAUAAACGUUUUAGAUACAUUCUAUUUAUGUCAUUGAACACUACUGAUAUAAACACUGUAAUCCGAAUUUUGCACAAGGCUAUAAAUUUGUGUAUUGUAAAUUUACAAUCACUGAAAAUCUUUGCACUAUUUUUACAUAGAUUUCGUUACACUCAUUUAAAC